GCUCAAAAAAGUACAAAUGAAGAGAAGGCGAAAGACGGCUAGAUGUCUGCGAUGUGCGGCUUUCUUCUUCCUCUCGCGAUAGCUUCGCUGGUUCCUGCAUCCCUGUUCUCCAUUCCUUUCAUAACUUCCUCAGUCCUCUAUAGCAAGUUAGGGAUAAGAGAGAAUUGAAGGGCGUAGGAGAAGAAGAGUGCUCGAUUUCUCUCUAUUUCUAUGUUACGGAUUCUGUCGUGCAGACGGUGCAGUCUUGUUGUUCUGUGUUGAUUCCUUCAGCAAUGCGGAAACCAACUUGUUCUUGGCACAGAUGGAGUACCUAUGACAGAAUAGAGCAGAGGUAGCAGCAGACCAAUCCAACUUUGAGGCUAUGUUAGAUUGGCCUACCGAAGAACCUGAAGGAGCCGAGAGGGUUCUUAGGUCUCAUCGGGUACUACCUGAAUUUUGUGCGAGAGUAUGGCACGAUAGCAUGGACACUAACGGAGCAGCUGAAGGACAAUUUCAAUCGAGGGGAAGUAACAACACAUGCCUUCGAUUAGUUGAAGAAAGUCAUGACCAACAUGCCAAUAUUAGCACUCCUUGACUUAAGUAGACCAUUUUUGGUGGAGACUGAUGCAUCAGGGUACACACUAAGGGCAAUACUCAUGCAGGAUCAUUGAGCUAUUACCUAUUUCAACGAGGUGCUCAUGACCAGGUUCUGAGGCUAUCCAAUUGACCCUUUCGUAUAUCUCUGAAUAGCUAUGCAAUAUGUUAGACCUCUUCAUAUGGAGGAAUCCAGCGUAGCUCAGAAAUAUACUUUUGGUGAUCAGAACACAAGUGACGUUACAGUUCUCCUAAAGAACUGGGAAGACAGGCAAGAAGUUUUAUAUUGUCACUCAACCAUUUUGGUAAAAAAAAGCAAGUUCUUUGCAGAGCAGCUUUCCAAUGAUCAUGCUACAAGAACAAAAAAUGAUUCUGCAAUCUGCAUUCAAGUUCCUUGCCAGGGUUCUCAGUAUGACCACUAUGUUAAGCUUUUGAAACUCCUAUAUGUCUCUGAUGAUUUAGUUCUGGAAUCUUGGGAUUCUGUGAGGACUGCUCUUGGUGUUCUCCAAGCUUCUCUUACUCUUCACUGUAACUCCAUCAUUGAGAGCUGCGUACAGUACCUGGAAGCUGUGCCAUGGGAUGAAAAGGAGGAGGAAGAGUUACUAAAGGUUGUUCCCACACUUGGCCCUGUAGCUACUCCCAUCCUGGCCCGAAUCCAGCCUGUUGAUUUGAAUGCUACGAAGAAUAUUUUCAUCUCUGCCAUACACUUCGCAACAUCUAUUGAAAGAUCUUUUCCUCCAUUCACCGAAGAACUAAAAACUUCUGCCCAGGAGCAAGUGGAAUACAUGCUACUGGAAGAUGAAGACACUCCUUUGGUAACAGUGGAUGAGGAUGUGAUAUCUGAGGCGAGGACUGGCCUCGGCAACAUAUUCGCAACAUUUGAGACUGAGCUGAGUGCAAGCCCAUUGGACUUCGAGCAGUCACCAGAGGCAGCAGAACAGAGAGUUUUGCAAAGCCUCUCAGACUUAGAGUGGAUGUGCGGGGUUCUUUCCAAGAUGGAAAUGUUAAAGGAUUUUGUCACAGGUUGGGCUGAAAUCUCUGAUAAAAUAUUGGCUGUAGUUCAAGACGAGAAGUACAGCUUGGGCUUUUGGGCAGUCAAGGUAAAGGUGAUUGAGGUUGUUAGCAAAGCCCUUGAUGCAAUUGGAUAUGGCAGUGUGGUGCUUCCAGCUCCAUCCAGGGUUCAUUUCCUCACAACAUGGCUUCCUUAUUUGAGAAAGAUGAAGCCUUUAUUAGAUUUGAAGAGUGAUAGUGAUGAAUCCUUUGCAUAUAAGUUGGAUGUUGAUCUGUGCCAAAAUAUUGAGGGUGCAAUUAUAUCUCUAAUUCUGGCACUACCAUCUGAUGACCAGGCGGAUAUAUUUGGAGAUUGGUUGCAGAGGACUGAACGGCUAAAAUUUCCUGACUUGAGCGAGGCAUUUGAGGUAUGGUGUUAUCGAACCAAAACUGCAAAGAGAAGGCUAUUGGUAGGCUUGAAUGGAGUGGGAAAUUCCACUGUGAGCCUCUUAUGAAGUGUGCUCAAUCAUAAUUUGGCUAAAAUUUUAGUAGCUACUUAAUCUGAUCACCCUAUAUUGUGAUGAAGAUAGAUUAAUAUUAUUGUCUCAAAAACAACGAUUUUAACUUUGAAGAUGGUUUUUGUUCAUUUGGAAAUCUAUUGUAGUGCAAUCAUUUUUCUUUUUGUAUGAGAACUGGAGAUAUUGAUCAUAAUCGAGCUUGCUGUUUGCAAUUA